AUGAAAGACAAGGGAGGACAUCCUCUUGAGUCAGCGCAGCCUCAGUAUGAUGUUAAAAACUUUUUGACAUCUCGUAUAGUGGGCGGGCAAGACGCUCCCGAAGGAUACGGGAAGUACAUGGUAGCGCUCGUGACCGGAUAUUACGUGAAGGCAUUAGUGUGCGGCGGAUCCAUCAUCAGUACACGAUAUGUAUUGAGCGCUGCCCACUGUAUCGAACCCUUUGUUAUUUGGGGAGAAUUAUUGCCACAAUUCAGGGGAGUAAUCGGUUCGCACCACUGGAAUUCGUCACAAUAUAUAAAGUUUUCUGAUUAUGACAUUCAUCCCCAUUGGGACUGGGGUACCCUGAAAAAUGACAUUGGCGUCCUUAAAACUACUGAGAAGAUCGUGUACAGCGACCGCGUCGGUCUCAUAGCUCUGAAUUUCGGAUGGAUAAAUGAUGGGGUAAAGAGCCGUGUCUUGGGGUGGGGCCGUGUUGAGGUCUGGGGUGAUAUCCCUUACCAGCUGCAAAUGUUACACGUGAACACAAUCUCUGGUAAACAAUGUAUCGAGGCUUGGAAUCAAGUCGCGGGCUCGACACCUCCGAUCCAACCCGAGGUCGAGAUAUGUACGCUUCACUCGGUUGGACAUGGCAUGUGUAAUGGUGACUCUGGCAGCGCCCUGGUGACGAUACACGACGUUAAACAAGUGGGCAUCGUGUCAUGGGGACUCGCUUGCGCACAAGGAAUUCCAGACGUGUACACUAGGAUAAGUGCCUAUAUCCACUACCUGGCGAAAUAUCUUUAA